AAAUUUACUUGUAAUCAAAUGCUUUGGAAUCCUCUCUUUGUGGCAGGUGAUGAAACAUAUAGUAAAUCCAGCGAUCAAAUCGCAAGCCACUUGUAUAGAUUUGCAAGCACCAUGUGGAGAUUUGAACCAGUUGGACUUCAUAGAGAUUUUCAAGAAGGUGGUGGAACAUGCUGCAUUCCAAUUGAAGGCUACACCAAUCACUGUGGCGCGUAGUGAAAAGACUUAUGAUGGGAAAGGUGUGGCACGAUUGUUGCAUCAAAAAUCUGAACUGGAAAAGGCGCUCCAGAUGACUUGGAAAUCACUACCAAAAGAUAAGCAUGGAGAUCUUCCAAGAAAAUAUCUUCGAGUGGGACUAGAUAAUUUGGCCCCUUCAGUUGCUUUGCCACCUGUAGGAGCCAUUGAACAGGUAUUACACUUACAAAUUUGUUGUGAAUGUAUGCAGAUGGAUGAAGUGAUUUCAGAAGUUUUUAAAAUGGUGAGAGCCGGUGAAGGGGGAGUUUUGAAUGAAAAUGAAUAUAAUAAAUUAAUGUUACAAGUACUUGGUAGUAUCAUGCUUCAACUUGAGGGGAAUUCAAUUCAUGUGUCUAGUGUUGAAGUUGUUAGUAGUUCAUCUACUCGUAACAUUCUUCCACUCUAAAAUGUCUAUUCCUCCUCAAUUUGUUAGCUUAAUGAAUGGCCUUAUAGUCAUCUCUAACAAA